CGCUUAUCUGAAGUAUCUAGAGAGCUUUCAUGCUUCAAGACUAUUUCGUGGUCUUGAUUUAGGUGGUUUAAGAAGGAUUGAAUAGUGCUUGAAGUAACAUAGUGGUAGACAUUAGACGCCAUUUCGUCAGUCAUGUCUGAAGCAGCAGCCGAGCUUAAGAAGCUCGUUAAGCAGCUCCAAAAUACUUCCACAGAGGUGGUAGGUAUUCGUGCUCGGAUUUUUCCUGAAAGCAAAGCAGGGCUUGCUGUCGGAAAAUUGCGGACGCAUGAGGCAAAAGAGGUCUCAGACCUCGCCAGAGAGAUCGUGAAGAAGUGGAAAAACGAGGUGGAGCGCGCUAAAGGAGGUUCAGGCUCAAAAGCGGGAACACCUGCGAACGGAAAGGCAGCACCAACUCGCAAGGGAUCUGCUUCGGUUACACCAUCUAAUACCGCUACUCCCGCCCCAGUGAACGGGAAGUUAGAACCUCGUAGUGCGAAAGCAGAUGGUGUAAAGGCGUCCGGCACGGGCGACAACACGCGGGACAGGUGCACGGAACUCAUUUAUGAUGGCCUUGCUUGUGACUCUGGUGCUCCCAGUGAGCUGAUUUUGAGUCGAGCAAAAGCUGUGGAGGCCGCUGUUACUAAUGCUGCAUACAAGGGCAAGAUCCGUUCUUCGUACGUCAACCUCAAGGACAAGGGCAAUCCAAGUCUGCGAGAGAACAUUGUCAGCGGCGAUCUUUCGGCGGAGAAGUUCAGCAAAAUGACAAGCGAGGAAAUGUCUUCGGAGGAACGACGAGCGGCAGACCAGAAAAUAAAGGAGGACAACUUCUUCAAGUCUUUGGGAGCUGGCGAGCGAGAAGCCGAAACGGAAGGCUUCCAGUGCUCAAGAUGCAAGCAACGCAAGUGUCGCUAUCGCCAGGCGCAGACCAGAAGUGCUGACGAGCCAAUGACAGUGAAUAUACUCACUUUUCGUCUCGUUUACAGAUGCGUCAACUGUGGCAACAAAUGGAAGUUCUCGUAAAUCUUUGCAUCGUCCAGGAAUAUUUUAUAGUCGGCAGAUCUUUCUUUCUACUGUACUUCUUUUACUGUCCAAUUUUGUCGGGACAUCGUUUUUUUCGACGUAAACAGCCCUGUCGUAAUGAUGUAUACCUUCAAUCUAUUUUGAAACAAUACCCUUUUCUUCUGACAACUCA